AUGAUAUAGAUUUAAAAGAGCAUCUAAAAUAGAUUGAUAAGAAGCUAUAUAUAAUUAUAUCAAUAUUUUAAUUAAAUUAUUAAGCGCUUUAUCUAGAAGAACAUUGCCUAAUAUUUUAAACUAAGCAAAAAAGCAGACGAUUCAAAUGAUUUGAUAAAAGAAUAAUAGUUCAUAGAAGAAAACAUUAAAAAGGAAAAAUCAAAAUUAAAACAACACAAUAUGGAUAUGAAAGGUGGUGUUUUAUUUAGAUAUAUGGAAGAAUUAUAUGAAUAAGUAUUAUAUAAUUGAAAUGAAAGGUAGGAGAAAUAAAAGGAUAAAAUUCAAAAGAUGCAAUAAAAGAAUUGGUUGCCAAAAUUUUUAUAAGAAUUAUGAAAGAAAAUAGAGAGUAGUUUGUGCCUGCAUACUUGUUUAGUAUUCUUAGUUAAACCUGA